GGGAUCCGCCCCUUUUCUUUGUAAAUCGAUCCACCUGUGCGCUGGGACGGACUGAUACCAAUGUCUGACGGGUGUGGGGCAGGGAAGGGUGCUCGUAUUUAAUCUGCAAAAUUGGCAAAUGAAAACUGCUCCUGGGCGGACGAUGACUUAAGCGGGGCAUCAAAUCACCAACAAUGUCUAAUACAGGCAUUUUUAGGACAGUGACAAAAGCUACAGGAGAAACUUUUUGCUGAAAGAGCAGUAAGUCAGAGCAUUUGGAUCCAUGCUGAAGCUGUCCACAUCUACUGGAGGCUUUAGACACCGGCCCACCCUGGACAACAAACGGUUCCUGGCAAAAAGUGAUGUCCCAGGUUUAAUAAAAAUACACCCAGAACCCAAGCUUAGUGUUUGCUGUGCCGACCUGAAAAACCCCAAGGCGCUGAUGAAGACGGGCCUGAGCUUAGUGCUUGUAGGACACGUUAACUUCCUGCUGGGGGCGCUAGUUCAUGGCGUUGUGAUCCGCCAUAUCGGCUUGGAUGCGGAGGCCGGGGACACGGCGUACGCCAUAUCUAAUGUUGUGGCGAUCACUGCAGGGCUGAUGGGUGUUGUCGUGGGAAUCAUGGCCAUCAUCCUCUCCAAAAACAAGACCGACGGGGCUCUGAUGUGGUCAUUCUCCCUAGUCACUCUGGUGACUAUUCCCUUAGCCAUGGCCUCUGUCAUUGGUCUGACUGUUUCCAUGGUGAGAGCAAUACUUUAUGGUGGGCGGAACCUCCUGACCCAUUGCCGGUUGCCUGACGCAAUUGGGUACCACACUAAGGAGUGCCCCUUUGACCCCACCCACAUUUAUAAAUCAAGACUCAUCAGACCAGGCAACAUUCUUCCAGUCUUCAACUGUCCAAUUUUGAGGACAACCCUGGUCUUCUGGGCUCCUUUGAUCGUGAUGUGUUGUGUCCAGCUAGUGUUCUCAGUGAGGUGCUUCUCAGUGUCCCUAACCUUCCUGGGACUAUGCUGCUGCCCGAGUCAGAAGCUCCGACCCGGAGAUCGCGGCACCCCGCUGAAUGCUGAAAGGCCCCCUGUUCUCCACUUGGUACCCAAACUCCCUCCUCCACCCUCCGAGCCGUCCAGUCUCCCUCGCUCUGUGUCACGACAUCCUCCCCAUCUUUAUCACUCGGACCCCUCUCACCUCAAGCCCCAGCGCCAGUAUCUUCGUCCUCAGCAGCACAGAGGAAGGUCGGACGGGCCAAAAUGUCCAGAGGAAAAUAACCUGCUGGAACGGGGCUCCCAGUACAGAACCAGCUCCUGGAUCUAACGGAGGACAUGCUGUGGAACCACUAUGCUAACCAGAGAACAUUUUUAUAUUUUCACCCUCUGAUCUUUCAGAACAAGAUUAUUUCUAUAUUAAUACUGUAUUUUUCCAAAGAAUAGUUCCUGAAUUGUUUAAUAAAAAUAAA